AUGGCCGUUGUCGAAGCAGAUCCAGUACUGCGUCCUGAUGAACAGGAUGUUGCAUCGUCAACUCAAAGUGUCUCCAGUUCCAUCCUAAGCUACCGAGAAGAGAACGGACGAACAUACCAUCGAUAUAAGGAAGGGAAAUAUCAUCUUCCCAACGACGCAGUUGAAAACGAGCGACUUGACCUUCAGCAUCACCUCUUCCUACUCACCUUCGGCGACAAACUUGGCUUAGCACCACCGAAUAAGGCUGACUCGAAUGUUAAGCGUGUCCUUGAUCUUGGUACCGGAACAGGAAUCUGGGCGAUUAAUUUUGCGGAUGAGCAUCACGAAGCGGAGAUUGUUGGGAUUGAUUUGUCUCCAAUUCAGCCAGAAUUCGUCCCACCGAAUGUCCGGUUCAUCAUCGAUGAUAUUGAUGAGGAAUGGGCCUAUGCCGAGCCAUUCGAUUAUAUCCACAGCCGAAUGAUGACCUUCAGUAUAAAGGACUGGGAGGAAUACAUCCGCAAAAUCUUCAAAGCCCUUGCGCCAGGUGGCUACAUCGAGAUCCAAGAAGUCAGUGGCAGCAUCCUCUCCGACGACGGUACCCUCACAAAGACACAUGCUCUCACAAAAUGGUUCACGCUUCUCAGCGAAGCCUUUAUCAAACUCGGCGGCGCUGCAAUUGAGUUUGACGGGAUCAAGGACAUGAUGGAAAAAGCUGGGUUCGUCGAUAUCGUGGACACGCGGUUCAAAUGGCCCCUCAACCCUUGGCCCAAGGAUAAGAAGUAUAAAGAGUUGGGAACGUGGAACAAUGCGAAUUCGAUGGAUGCGAUUGAGUCAUUGACCUUGGCACCGUUUUCCAGGGCGCAUGGCUGGUCGAGGGAGGAGGUGGAGAUGUUUCUUGUGGAAGUGAGAAAGGACUUGAACAACCGUCAGAUCCACGCUUAUAACCCAAUUUGCUGUAUUUAUGCGAGAAAGCCUGAGAGCCCCGACGCGUAG